UCGCUUGCCGGCUUCUUUUGCGGGAUUCGCGGAGCUUUUACUUUCUUUAGACUGCAGAGGGUAUCCGCUCAGGUUCUCCUUUACAGAAGAGGGGGCAGAAGCCCAGAGAGGUUAGGUGACUUGUCCAAGGUCGCCCAGCGCCGCAGUUUGAGGACACCCCGGGACGCGCCCCAGUCCUAGGAAAGAGCCAGACUUCUCAGAGGUCAGUCUGUUCAGCAAGUGGGACCCCAGGGCCUUCUGUAUGUUCAGCAAAGAGAGCUUGCAGUGACCUCCCCAAAGGAUGGCUCCAUCUCCAUUCUGGGUUCUGAUGAUGCCACCACUUGUCACAUUGUGGUCCUGAGGCACACAGGUAAUGGGGCAACCUGCCUGACACAUUGUGAUGGAAGCAACACCAAAGCUGAGGUCCCCUUGAUCAUGAACUCCAUAAAAUCCUUUUCCGACCACACUCAAUGUGGAAGGCUGGAAUUGCACCUUGUGGGAGGCUUCAGUGAUGAUAGGCAAUUGUCACAAAAACUUACCCAUCAGCUUCUCAGUGAAUUUGACAGUCAAGAAGUUGAUACUCACUUAGUGACAUUAUGUGUGACAGAAUUAAAUGACCGUGAAGAAAAUGAAAACCACUUCCCAGUCAUUUAUGGCAUUGCUGUUAACGUUAAAACUGCAGAGAUUUAUAGAGCCUCUUUUCAAGAUCGGGGUCCAGAAGAAGAGCUACGUGCUGCGCGGGCCUUAACAGGGGGACCAAUGAUUAGCAUUUAUGAUGCAAAGACAGAACAACUUCAGAUAGGACCGUAUUCCUGGAUGCCAUUUCCACAUGUGGAUUUCUGGUUGCAGCAAGAUGAUAAACAAAUACUAGAGAACUUUUCCACUUCACCUUUGGCUGAGCCACCCCACUUUGUUCAACAUAUUAGAUCUACCUUGAUGUUUUUAAAAAAACACCCAUCUCCAACUAACAAGCUGUUUCCUGGAAAUAAAGCUCUACUCUACAAAAAAAAUGAAGAUGGCGGCUUAUGGGUAAAGAUCUCUUCUCCAGGAAGCUAAACAUAGGAUAUUACCAAAGAAAGCAACUUUUUGGCAUGACAAAGACUGUUGAUGGGGCUAGAAAGAAUAUGGAUUUGAAACCUACAUCCAUUGAGCUCCUUUACUUGGCAUCUUUCAAAUGACUUUCAAAAUAAAAUCAAAAUCUUAUUUUGGCAAAGGCA